GUCCAAAGUGCAAACGCCCGAGAUGAAGAAGGCGGGGCGAGCUCCUGGAAGGAAUCUUCGAGGUGUGGUGCUCAACAAACCCGGCACUGUUCCGCGGACCUGCGUCGUCAUUCAAUUUGCUGAUGGCGGUAGGGCUGUAAAAAUCGCCCUGGAUCGACUGAUGGACACGCUCCAGCUUCGUGCUCGUUCUAUCGCCAAGCGAAAGGGCGAGCGACACUUGACAACCCUUCUUGCCAGAGCCAGGCUCGGUACAUCUCUGCGCAGCCGCGGUAUGUUGCCGGAGGCCGAAGCCGUGCUUCGAGAGGUUCUCGAGGGCUACGAGCAGCAGUUGGGGCCAGUACAUCCAAGGACUCUUUUCGCUGUGGAUGCCUGGGCCAAGCUACUCCAGGCGAAAGGAGAUCUGGAGGAGUCCAAGAAGUUUUACCGACGAGCGGUGCGAGAUGCCCGCAAGAAGCUGGGCGCCUCGCACCCCGCUACCCUCGCCUACACGGAUGACUUUGGCGCUUUGCUUCAUCGUAAUGGCGAUCUACUGGAAGCGGAAGAGCUCCUGGGACCGGCGCAUCCCGACACGCUCGUGUCCCUCCGUCAUGUCUCCAGUCUCCUGAAGGACCUGGGCGAGCUGAUGGAAGCA